AUGAGAAACAAAGUGAGAAAAAUUGACAAUAGUUAUAUCCAAAGACAUGUUAUUGACGAGGCAAUACAAUAUGGUAUUAGUCAGGGCGAUUACAUUUACACAAAUCAAGUAAAAUUAUACGCAACUGAUUCUAUCGUUCAAAAAUGGAUGGAAAAAGUGAAAGAGGGAAACAAUAGAGGGCGUUCAAUAGCUAUUUCCCCACCAUCGUUCAGCAGUUUAUAUGAACAGGGAAAUCUGGCAUUAAUCUCACCCUUGUCUCCGUCGGCAACAAACAAGCAGCAUUCGCCAGAGUACCCCAUUUUGCAGUAUUCUCUACCCACACAAGACAGUUGUACCAACCUCCAGGAUGCUAUAGCAAUGGCUAUUGAUGAGAACGACGGACCCAUGUAUUUCAACAGAGACCCAACACCCCUGUUCGAUUACACAGACAGCAAGUCAAAACCAUCUGAUCUGUGUCCACCGAAUUUAUUUUAUUAA